AUGGCCCAGGCAGGGGGACCCGUCCGCUUCCACCCCAAGGAGGGCUGUGCUGCCUCACCCCCACCAUGUACCCGCAGGGUGGACUGGAGGCCCUGGCUGGCAGGGGGGAGCCCAGAAGCCAGGAGGCACAGCCCCCUGCACUGCCUCACCCCCAACCUCAAUGCUGGCCGCCUCCACCUCCUGCGCAAGGGCCUGGCCCAAGAUGCCCACCAUUGCCCCCUUGGCCUCUACAACAGCACUGGCUCCUUGGCCCGCAAGCCGGUGGAGGUGGCUCCCUUUGGCAACGGGAGCUGCCCAGGCAUGGGGCGCCUGACGGCCCCCAGCACCCCACGGCGGGAUCGGCCCAGCCCCGUGCUCUCCUCCCUGGGCAGCCGCAGCCCACUGGUGGCAGCGGCCCCAGAGGGACACAGCUCUGUCGUCACCUUCCGCUUCAUCGAGAAGGCCAGUGUGCGGACCCUGGGCGGCCUGCCACCCCCCCAACCCUGCUGGGAGAAUGGCCCCCACAGCCUCAGCCGCAGCCUGGAGCUUGGUGGGGAUGCGGGGUCGCACCAGCCCCUGCCCCUGCCCCAGGAGCGGCUCCUGCGCACACUGAAGCUGGAGGCCUCGCUGUCUGACCCGCUCCUGGCCGGUGGCAGGACCCCAGGAGGGACACAUCCCUGCAGGAAGGAGCCCUGUGCCCUUGAUGCUGACUGCCUCUGCCACUCCCUCAUCAAUGGGCUGCCAGAGGACUUCCCUGCCUUCACCAGGAGCCCCCUGAAGGCAGAACCCCGACCCCAGGGCAAUGCCUGGCCGUACCCCCGGCAGAGCUCGGCCCAUGCCCAGCGCAUCGCCAGGGCCAAGUGGGAAUUCUUCUACGGCUCCUCGGACACCCCAAAGACAGGCUCCUCUGCCCCUGACUCCGCUCCCCUGGCCAAGCGCCCCCAGAAGCCUGUCCGCCUGCUGCCCACGGAACCGCCAGGGUCAGUGCCUGAGCACAGCCUGAGCCACGUGGAGGUGGAGAUAGAGAUGUCUCCUCCGGGCAGCCAGAAGCCUGGCUCCUGCGAGACUGGGAUCAUAAGGAGGACAGUGAAGUACUCUGAGACUGACCUAGACACCGUGCCGCUGAGGUGCUAUCGCGAAACCAACAUCGAUGACAUACUGGCUGAGAAGGAGGAGGUGGAUUCAGCAAUUGAGAGCCAGAAGGACAGUGAGAGCAAUCCAAGUUUCGGGGGCACACCGGGCAGGAGGAACAGCACACCGGAGGAGGCCCCCGCCCUGGGCACCAGCUUCCCAAAGGACGAGCUGCGGGAUGGGGACAUGGAUGACGACGAUGAGGUGUUUGAGGCGACGAGGAAGGAGAACAGGGAAAGGUGAGGCUCUGGCAUGCUCAAGUCUCCAGUGCCCUUCCUCCUAGGGCACAGCCUCUCCAAGGAUGGCAUGGACUCUUUCAGCAAGCAUUUUGAGAGCAUCAUGGAGUCCCAUCGAGCCAAAGGCACAUCUUACACCAGCCUGGACUCCAUUGACAUCCUCUCCUCCCCAGCCCGCACCCAUGGGACUGUUUUCACUUUUGACCUCCCAACCCUCACCCCAGAAAUACAGGGACAGAUCCGAGACAGCGCCAAGCUGAUAGAGGAGAACUUUGCUCCUCUGGCUCACUUGGAGCCAGACUCUGGGACCAGUUCGGCCACAGAUGCCCCCUGGACCGAGAGGGAGGAGGAGUGGGGGAGACGAAGAAAGGGUGCUCGGCACAGCCCUUGCCACUCAGAGGACAGCUUUGGGCUGGGGGUGUCCCUCUGGGGCUGUGACCACCCCCUGGGCCAGUUGGUUUCAGACUCGGACUCAGAGAUGGACAGCGUGGAGCAGCUGGCCCUGGGUAGCACGGACACCCUCUCCAAUGGGCACAAGGCUGACCUGGAGGCUGCCAAACGCCUGGCCAAGAGGCUCUACAACCUGGACGGCUUUAAAAAAGCAGAUGUGGCCCGCCACUUGGGGAAGAACAACGAGUUCAGCAGGAUGGUGGCAGGGGAGUACCUGAAGUUCUUCGUGUUCACGGGGAUGAGCCUGGACCAGGCUCUCAGGUCCUUUCUAAAGGAGUUGGCCUUGAUGGGAGAGACACAAGAGCGAGAGCGAGUGCUGGCUCAUUUUUCCCAGCGCUAUUACGAGUGUAAUCCCAAUGCCAUCUCUUCGGAGGAUGGAGCCCACACUCUCACCUGUGCUCUGAUGCUACUAAACACAGAUCUGCAUGGACAUAACAUUGGGAAGAGAAUGUCCUGCUCUGACUUCAUUGGCAACUUGGAGGGACUCAACGGAGGCACUGACUUCCCCAAGGAGCUGCUCAAGGCGCUGUAUGGCUCCAUCAAGAAUGAGAAGCUGCAGUGGGCCAUAGAUGAGGAGGAGCUGAGAAAGUCCCUUUCGGAGCUGGCAGACCCCAACCCGAAGUCCAUCAAGCGCAUCAGCAGCUGCAGUAACCCCUUUCUGGACUUUUCCCAAGAUUCCAGCAUCGCCACCUACAAGCAUGGACUGUUAGUGCGCAAGAUCCACGCUGAUCCAGACUGCAAGAAAACACCCCGAGGGAAACGCGGCUGGAAGCCCUUCCACGCCAUCCUGAAGGGGAUGAUUCUCUACCUGCAGAAGGAGGAAUAUAAGCCAGGGAAGGCACUGGCGGAAGAGGAGCUGAAGAAUGCUAUUAGCAUCCACCAUUCGCUUGCCACACGGGCGUCUGACUACAGCAAGCGACCCAACGUCUUCUACCUCAGGACAGCUGACUGGAGGGUAUUCCUCUUCCAAGCACAGAACCCCGAACAGAUGCACUCAUGGAUCACACGCAUCAAUGUGGUGGCAGCCAUGUUCUCCGCGCCCCCUUUCCCCGCUGCCAUCAGCUCCCAGAAGAAGUUUAGCCGCCCACUGCUGCCCAGCUCCUGCACCAGGCUGUCCCAGGAGGAGCAGGUGAAGAGCCAUGAGACCAAGUUCAAGACAAUGUCAGCGGAGCUGCUAGAGCAUCGCUCCUCGCUGCCUGAGAAGAAGGUGAAAGGCAAGGAGUAUGAGGAGCUGAAGCAGAAGGAAGAGUACCUGGAGUUUGAGAAAUCCCGCUACGGCACCUACGCCAUGCUGCUGCGGGCCAAGCUGAAGGCUGGCUCUGAGGACCUGGCAGCGUUCGAGUCUACCCUCUUUGAUGCAGCGGGCAGGGAGGAUGAUGGCCUGAAAAAAUCCCGCUCCAGCCCCUCGCUCAACGUGGAGCCCCCUAGCAUGGCCACCAAGGUGAAGCGCAAUGUCUCGGAGUGUGCGGGCCGCCAGCCCCCUGGCCGCCCCCAGAAGUCAUAAGCGAGGGGCAUCAG